UACAACCUCAAAUUCGUGGUCACAUUGCAUCUAUGUGCAUGUAUUCAUGUGUGUAUCACCUUGCACUUCUCCCCUUCACCUAAUGUUGGAAUCCUGACACACCUGUUCUAUACCUAGUGAAAUUCCCCUCCCAACACCAAACAAUCUAAUUUUAUUUCUUCUGAAUUGACAUGGCAUAUAUUCUCUUCUCCAAAAUAAUCUCAUUACAUAAACAAGUAUAGUGUGAAAGAGGAAAAAGCACAGUGAGGUGGGUGAAUGGCAGAGAGAGCAGUGAGAGAGUUGUUGAGGGUGGUGAUGGUGAUGAUGUUACUGAUGUUGGGAGCAGAGACAGAGGCAAUGAGCAGCAGAAGGGGCCAUAAAAGGGGCAAAGAAGAGUCAUCUGGGUCUGGUGAAGAGGAUGCAAUGAGCUUUUGCUUGAGUUGGAGAUUGGCAGUGGAAGCAAACAAUGUGGUUGCAUGGCCAACAGUGCCACCACAGUGUUCCCAAUAUGUGGAGACUUACAUGUUGAAUGGACAGUACGAAAGGGACCUGGAUUUGAUAGUGGAGGAAAUAUUGGGAUAUGUCAACCAAACAUUGCUCCCUCCAGACGCCAUCGAUGCUUGGAUUUUGGAUGUUGAUGACACUUGCCUCUCCAACAUCUUCUAUUACAAAAGCAAAAACUAUGGGUGUGAUCCUUAUGACCCAUAUGCCUUUAGGAAGUGGGCCAUGACAGGAAGGUGCCCUGCAAUUUCUUCUGUGCUGAGGUUGUUUAGCAUUUUAGUGGACAGAGGCUUCAAAGUGUUUUUGCUCACUGGAAGAGAUGAAGAGACUCUCGGUGAAGUUACCAAGAACAACUUGCAGAAUCAAGGGUUUAUUGGCUAUGAACGGCUUAUUUUGAGGAGUGCAGCAUACAGAGGGAAAAGUGCAGUGAAAUAUAAAUCUGAUGUGAGAAAGCAGUUAGAAGAGGAAGGUUACAGAAUAUGGGGGAAUGUGGGAGACCAGUGGAGUGAUAUUAAGGGAGACUAUUUGGGGAACCGUACUUUCAAGCUUCCUAAUCCAAUGUACUUUGUUCCCUAAUCUUACCAUAAUUAUUUUUAUAUGUUUGAAGAUGUGUAAUGUAAGAUCACCCUCUUUGAUCAUGUUUGUGACUGCAUCAAGUCUUUUGUAUAAGUUAGUAAUUAAUAUCUAUGGAACCAAGUGUUUAUUAUGAUUUUUUUUUUCUA